GCCGUUGUGAAUUGUCUUUCAGCCGCUCACCUACCGCCUUCGUUCACAUUGAAUUCUGAAAAACCGACAGGACACCCUCGUCUUCUCCGCAUUCAUUGACGAUGUCCAGAUUCUCUUCCCCAUUAGGCAGUCGCUUUGAAGACCGGGAUUGCGGAUCCCGGGCCGCAUCGCAACCUUUCAUUCUAGUGAAAAGUCCGCAUCUUUGAACGCUUGUAUUGCGCCUCGUCCUUUUCGCAUGCAGUGGUUCAAAUCCCCAGCUUCUUCCCAUUCCUCUUCGCGCUUCUAGCUCUCUCCGUCUACUUCUUCAACGCGCAUCGACCGGCGUCUCGUGCUCCUGAAAUGGCCGAGGAAUCGUCCAAGUCCAUCUACGAUUUCGCCGUCAAGGACAUUCGUGGAAAUGAUGUAAGUUUGAGCGAGUACUCUGGGAAGGUUCUUCUGAUUGUCAACGUUGCUUCAAAAUGUGGUCUCACCCAAUCAAAUUACAAGGAAUUGAACACUUUAUAUGAAAAAUACAAGGAUCAAGGAUUUGAAGUACUGGCAUUUCCAUGCAACCAGUUUGCAGGACAAGAGCCAGGGAGUAAUGAAGAGAUUCAAGAGACUGUAUGCACUAUGUUCAAGGCUGAAUUCCCUAUUUUUGACAAGGUUGAGGUGAAUGGCAAGAAUGCAGCCCCUCUCUACAAGUUUUUAAAAUCUCAGAAAGGAGGGAUAUUUGGAGAUGGCAUCAAAUGGAACUUUACAAAGUUUCUGGUGAACAGAGAAGGGAAAGUUGUGGAGAGAUAUGCUCCCACUACAUCACCUCUUAAAAUUGAGAAAGAUAUCCAAAAUCUGUUGGGAUCGUCUUGAGCAAUAGAGGGCAAAGGUCGUGGAGGAAGCUCCUUGGAGGAAACAUCUACACAUUCUGGUCGCUGCAGUUUACUUUGGUUCAACUGGCAUCCCUUAUAUUUUCUUUCCGUGCAAUUCGAUCUCUUUGCUUCCUUUUAUUGUUAUAGACAAGCAACGGUCUCAAUAAUGUUCCAUUUUGUGUUUUUGCGUUUGUUCUCUCUCUCUUUCCUUUGCUUUUAUAUAUUUGUAAUACCCUGCUCUUCCCAUGUCAUCAUCAUCCCUAAUAAAGUAUGAGAUUUAAGUUA